GCAGUAAUCACGACGCUGCGUGAAUGAAAGGUUUUAAAACGCUGCCAAACACCGGAAGCACUACUUUGGUCCUUGAGACCAACCACCGAUAGUCAAGCUGGAAGAUGGCUCAUAGGCUUCUAGUACGCAGAAUUUGGACGCUCUCUGCGAAAGAAAUCCGCUGCCUCCCAGCAUCCUCCGCCGCCUUUUCCUCCACUUUCUUUUCCACUUCCCUGCAGCCUUCCACCGCACGGGCAUCCUUCCUCUCCCCAACACACAAUCUGCCUCGCGUGCUUCCUCACACCACCCGUCGUCAAGUCUCCUUUAAUGUGCAGGACAACGAGGAUUUCACAGAAAGAGUCAUUAAUAGUCAACUGCCAGUGCUGAUUGACUUCCAUGCACAAUGGUGCGGUCCCUGUAAAAUCCUUGGACCAAGGUUAGAGAAGGCUGUUGCAAAACAAAAAGGCCGUGUUGCCAUGGCGAAGGUGUCUGCCGUUCCAACAGUUAUCGCUAUGAGUGGAGGCGAUGUUAUCGACCAUUUUGUGGGGAUCAAAGAUGACGAUGAACUGGAUUCCUUUAUCAGCAAGAUCAUUGGGAAAUAAACCAGUUUUCCAGGCCUGUCACUUCACCACCAUCACGGUGCCGUUUUCCAUGAUCCUGGUGUGACAGUUUGAGUGUUGAGCAGCAAUACUGCGUCUGUGCUCACACCCUUCUCUAGACUCGUUGCUUUUGCCCCGUCCUGUCUCGUCUGUCUCUCUGUGUCUUGUUUUAGUUACGGAUAUGGGCCUCCAUUGACUUUGGAAGUAAAUGCUGUGUGCCUCUCUCGAGCACUUACUGUCAUUAUUGACAGCUUCAACGGCUUUAUUCAGAGCUUUAUAGGUGAUGUAUUGUGUUUGAAAUGUGUCUAGAGAAGGAGAAAAUACAACACAGUACUGCUCUCAUACAGUAUUGUGUGUAAUGAGGGAUGAGCAUUUAAAGUAGUAAAGAGAAUUUAAUUUAAAACAUGAGAAUUGAAUGAGGUUUGUUACCAGGUUAACUGUAGUUUCUGCUUUCGUCCACGUGAGGGUAGCGUUUCUCUAACAUGAACCAAAACCACACAAAUAAUCGUUUUGCACCAAUAUGCCUAGCAAUGUGAUAAAAAUUGUGUGCGUUUGUGCAUGUGCACCUUUGAGCCCUGACUGUGAAGAACACAAGUACAACAAACAGGAAUGGUAAAUAAUUUGAUUUCAUUUAUUACUUAAAUGAAUGCUGUAUUUCAAAUAUGAACAGAAGUAAUAAAGAAAUCAAAAUAUGUUGUGGAUUUGGCUUGGCUUGUAGAAUACUCAUUUCAAUUUUAGAGUGGUAAAAAUGUAUCUGGAAGUAAUGUGUGUGUCUGACUGAAGGAAUUCAUGUUUUUUCAUGGCUGAAGGCAAAGCCAGUCAUGGGGCCUUUCACAUCCGUAUACUGUACCUAGAACAAGUAUUUCCUCUUUAACACAAUUUUCAGUUGUAAAAUUCUUGGGGAUUCUUUUGCUGUUAUAAGAGUGUAAAUCAAUAUUUAAUAUACUGUAAUUGAACUUUUGGACAUUUUUAAUGGUGAGUAUUUUCCCAUGAUGAAAAUUCUGCACAGGUGUGAAACUUGAGGUCUGGGGGCCAGAUCUGGCCCACCAAAUUUUGUGUGGCCCCUCAAGGAAAAUAUGUGCGUUGACUUGUUUCUGACUAAAAUAAAAUGUCUA